GCGAUUGUUUUGAACCGUUCUAGAACCGUCCUUUUUGGCUUUUUUCGAAACAAAACAAAGCUAUAUGUUUUAAACUCGGCUAAAAGCUGUUCCGGAGCACCUCCUAGGUGUGAAAGGAAUACAACUAAUUUCAGCUCAAUAAACAGUCCUUUAAGGUAAAGUCGUUGCCGUAAAUAUAGCUGGUGGGCUCGUUUUACAAUAGGAAAAAUCGGGUGUCCCACUUUCAAUGCUCACGACUGUAUAUGGCAAAAAAAGGUGUGACGUCAGGUGACCAUUGGCAUUCUAAUGUAAGCUGUCCCCAGGCUCACAUUCCUUCAGAGUAUCAGAAUAAAAUAGACGGUCUUUACCUCUUUCAAAACAUUCUUGAUCCAAACAAUUUAAGCAUAAAAUCUUGAAUGAGGGACUAUUUUAUUAGGUAUAUAUAUUUUUUAGGUAUUCCCGGCUUGAUAUCGCGAGGGCGUAUCGAUGUGUAUAUCGAUCGAUAAGCCCUUUUCUAUAAAUCAAACUAACCUAACCUACAAAAAGACGUCGAGGCAAAAAGUUCAAAAACAAAAAUCAAAAAGUUCGUCAUGAGGGUCACACCAAAACAACAAUUCAAUAAAGUCCUCAACUUUCUUCACAGGGGUUUCGUCUACACUUGCGUCGGAGUAACAAUUUGGAGCACUUCGGUCCUAGGAUACAGAUUCUUCAAAUAUAUGACUGUCACGAGGCCCCAGUAUAUAGAACAAAGAAAAUUAGCCGAGAGAAGUUUACUAGCUGAAGGAUCUUCCGAGAAUUUAAAAGACAUUGCUGCAGACAUCAUUCAAUAACAUGAAUUAUAAUAAUUUUUAGUAGUUCUUAUAGAUUGAAGGAUUGUUAUUGAUAAUAUAUUUGUCUCUAAUUGAUAGCUAUUAAUAAACCAUAAUUAGGUAUAGAUUUUUUUUUUCUUAAUUUAAAAUUUAAGCAGUAUUUUACUUAGUAUUAAAUAUUGUUACACCAACAUCAUUUGUGCUAUCUAAGUAUACCUUCAAUUUAAUUUCAAAUAGAUAAGAAAUUUUCAAUUUAUAAACUCCCGCUUUAAAUUGAACUUAUCAAGUCCCCUCGUACUUAGCAGCAGGAUUUAGGCAACCACGAACAAUCCUGCUGUUUUUAAACAAUAAUUUUAACUGUAACCCUGUAAGCAGGAAUCAAAGAUGGCGUUGAAGGUUAAUGGUGGGCCUUCUUCCUGAAUUUAAAGGUUUUUUUUUUUGGUUUUUAUGAAAAUUCAAUGCAGCAAGAUGAGUUCGAGAAGGCGUAAUGGAGAAGUUACUCACAUCAAAAUCCAAAAUUCGGGCGACUUCUACGAUUUGUACGGCGGAGAAAAAUUCGCUACCCUUUCCGAGCUGGUGCAGUACUACAUGGAAAAACAAGGGCAACUAAAGGAAAAAAAUGGCGAUGUCAUUGAGCUUAAGUAUCCAGUGAACUGUGACGGCCCCACUACAGAAAGGUGA